AUGAACAAGGAAGUUGAACUUUGUUCCGUUGAUGCUGAUGAAAUCUCACAACAAUCACAAAGAUGCAAGGGUGGUCUUAUCACCAUGCCUUUCAUCAUUGCAAAUGAGGCAUUUUCAAGUAUGGCAAGUUUGGGACUAUUACCAAACAUGAUAGUUUAUUGGAUGGGAAGUUACAGACUUCAUCUUGGAAAAGCUACUCAGAUUCUUCUCCUAUCUUCUGCAGCCAACAAUUUCACGUCUGUUGUUGGUGCUUUUCUGGUAGAUUCUUAUUUGGGUCGAUUCUUGGGUGUUGGAUUAGGUUCUGCAGCCACUUUCCUAGGAAUGACAUUGUUGUGGUUAACAACCAUGGUUCCACAGGCAAGGCCUCCCGCUUGUGUAAAUCCAACUGAAGGCUGUAAAUCAGCAACGAAAGGUCAAAUGGCAACGUUACUCUCUGUGUUCGGUCUCAUGUCAAUUGGAAAAGGUGCUCUUUCAUGUUCUUUAGCAUUUGGCGCUGACCAGGUGAAUAGAAAAGAUAAUCCAAAUAACCAUAGAGUUUUGGAAAUUUUCUUCAGUGGUUAUUAUGCUUUCACAGUUAUUGGAAUCAUAAUAGGUCUUGUAGGAAUUGUAUACAUUCAAGAUCAUCUUGGUUGGAAAAUUGGUUUUGGUAUUCCCGCAACACUCAUGCUUUUAUCUACUCUCUUAUUCUUUCUGGCUUCUCCUCUUUAUGUCAAGAUCACAAAAAGAACCGGCUUGUUUACUAGUUUUGCACAAGUAACUGUUGCUACUUAUAAGAACAGAAAACUUCCAUUACCACCUAACAACUCAACUCGAUUAUAUCAUCACAAGAAGAACUCAACUCAUUUGAAAAUGUAUGCAAUGUGGCUUGCACCUCAACUUUGUUUGGGUGGAAUGGCUGAAGCAUUUCAAUGGUAUAGGCCAAAAUGAGUUCUAUUACACAGAGUUUCCGACGACUAUGUCUAGUGUUUCCGCUUCCCGUUCUGGUUUGGCAGCGGCUGCAGGGAAUAUGGUAUCUU